CUUCCACUGCAGGUUCCUAACCCCCACCCACCUCGCCCAAAUUGCAACCUUCCCCGAGUGCUCCAGGUCCCGUGGCCGGCCCCCAGAUCCUCUCCAAUCCCAAUCCAAGUAUCGAACGGAUCCCAUCGGUGGCGCUCGAGCGAGCGAGUGCGGCCGGAACCGAGCGAAGAUGGGCAUCUCGAGCAUGCCGGCGCCCGAGGACAGCCUGCUGGGGUUCGUGCUGUACAACACGGCGGCGUCGGUGGCGAUCCUGGCGGGGCUGGUGCGCGCCGCGCUGCUGUUCCUGGGCCUGGCGGCGGCGGCGGAGGACGAGGAGCCGCGGCAGCAGGCGGAGGCCGUGACGGUCACGGCCGUGGGGCCCAGCCUCGCGGACCGGUUCCGGAGCAGGUUCCGGCCGUCGCGCUACGGGCGGCGCCGGGGCGGGGACUGCCGCGUGUGCCUGGUGCGGUUCGAGACGGAGUCGGUGGUGCAGCGGCUCCCCUGCGGCCACCUCUUCCACCGCGCAUGCCUCGAGACCUGGAUCGACUACGACCACGCCACCUGCCCGCUGUGCCGCCACCGCCUCCUGCCCCCCGCCGCUGCCGCCGACGAGGUGCCCCGGAUUGCCUGAUUAGCGCCCUAGGAAUUGAGAGUAGGCGUAGCACUCUGCACCUCGCAGCAGCAGUGUCUCUGUACAGGUUUUUUUUUUCUUUUCCUUUUUGUUCGGGGGAGAGAGAGGACAGAACGGAGAUUGAAGGAAGAAAAUGGUGGCAACAAAGCUGUUCCCCUUUCGUUUCUCCGAAGCUCUCUGUUGUCUUUAUUCAUUCCAAAAGUAUAAUCUACUCGUAUGAACCAAGUACUAAAA